AUGUCGUAUCCUGGUCGCACCGCUUCAUUACACGCCCUCACACCCUUGACGAGCUCAGACUCGUCUCCGCCUGGCAAGCUGCCUAGUCCGCGGUCUGCGAAGCCUCCGAAUGAGACGAUGCACGCGACUGCUUCCUCACGCAAUGCGCCGUCAAGCGCCUCCAUAAGAAAUGGUGCCGAUACCAUAACGCCCGUGCACACGCCGCCAGAGACGAGGAAAUCGAUAUGGCCAGCAGAUGGGAUCCUGGGCUCGAAGAGGCUCUACGAUCCCCACUUAGACCCCAAGCUGGAUCGGAAAGAGAAACAAAAGUACAAACCGAAAUAUAUACCGAUAAAACAACUGGACGAUCCAUCUGAGAUGCCAGACCCGCGUCUGGUCAUCGCGGGGCUGCGCAUUGCACCCAGGACCCUCAAGCCGUACUCUUUCGACGAGAGGACCUCAUGCGGGCCCGGGCCUGCCACACAAAUCGUCAUCAGUGGUUUUGACCAAUUGACCACCGAUUCGCAGCUCCGCGCUUUUGGUUCGUCUUUCGGUGAGGUUGAGUCUAUCAACAACAAGGUCCACCCAAUGACUGGUAGCCCACUCGGAAUAUGUUUGGUGAAAUUUCGAGAUGGCCCAGCGCCAAGGGGUGGCCAGCCCGUGAAAGCUUCAGAGUCUGCGAAGAAGGCAGAGGAGAAGGGCAACAACGAGCGCAUCGGAAUGCAGCGUGUUCGUGUAGUUCGCGACCGAGAGGGCUUGCGCGCCAAACGUUUGGUCCAUAUGAUUUUGAAGAAAGAAGAGGAUAAGCGAAAGGCAGCUCAAGCUGUGAAGUCCGCAACCGCUACGCCAGCGACGCCUACCGCAACUGCAAGUUUUGAUUUGCCAGCAAACGUCCCUAAGGGUCCCUCCGGAAAAGGCAUCCGUCUCGCACCUCCGCCCCGUGAAACGCUGUCUCGAAAGGCGCAACUUUCACACCUAAUCGAGAGGGAGCCGAUAAAACCAAAGUUGAAGCGGAGACCCUAUAUUUUCAUCGCACAUCAAUACGUACCAGUUCUUAGCACAACGAUUGAACAUCUGAGGAAACGUUUAAAGGCCUUCCGGAUGCAGGAGGUACGGUGCGACCAAACGGGCUAUUACGUGGUUUUCGAGGAGUCGAAAUGGGGCGAAGACGAGACCGUGAGGUGCUAUAAGCAGUUCCACAUGACACCGCUAUUCACCUACGUUAUGAACAUGGAAUGCAACCAAUAUGGCGACCCUAACUACGAACGAAGCCCGAGCCCGGAACGCGUCGUGGCACAGAAGAAACGAAAAGCCGAAGAGGAUAGAGUAGCGCAUGAAGAGGCCGAAGAUCUGGAGUAUGAGAAGCAACAGCGAGCGCAAGCUUUGGACCCGGUUGUUGCUGCUUUGGAGAUUUUGAAGCAAGAGCUACAGGAGAAGCUGGUGGGCGAAGUGAAAACCCGAAUCGCAGGGCCACAACUGCUGAAGCUCAUGGCUCCCGAACGACAUGUUGAAAAGAGACGGAAGCUCGAUGUUGCAGAUCCACAUGUUAAGGAAGAGACAAUUCGACCAUCGUCAAUGUUGCUUCCUUCUAUGGAGGCUUCGGCACUGGUGCCCAAGGGUCGGACUGCUGCGCUUAGAGGGCGUGGUGGCCGAAAAGCACUUGGCCCACGUGACCACAAUCGCGACCGGGGUGGCAGAAAACCACUCAGACCAGUUGAUGUGUUUGUCGAUGAGCGUAGAAAAGCAACCCACAAGCCGCGUCAACAAGUGCACAGGAACCCAUACCAGAAGCUGCUGGAAAUGGACAUGGAUGAGUCGGAUGACGAAGGACGAAGCUCUAUCAACCGCGGCACCGAAGAGCAGGAGAGCCGACCCAUCAGCCGUGCUGCAACCUCAGAUAUCGAAGAAGACGACGAAGAAGAAGAUUCUGCUAGAAGUCGACGCUUCAAACGACGACGAGUUGAAGCUGGUUGGGGCUUGGAUGAUAGUGACGAGGAGAUGAUGGAUGACAGCCACGCCCGCAGUUUACUCGCGCACUGUAUUCACAAAGAUCCCGAACAGAUGGCGGAGAAGGAGCUCGAGCAGGUGCUCGCAAUCCUUCCUCGCUCCUCGCCUAUCUGGAAGAAGGCGGACAAGGCCCUAAGAGGCUUCAAGCGAUUACGGAAGAUCGAACAGGAAGCGGACGCUAUCUUCGGCGUGGAAACCAACCUCGAGGAGAAGUUCGAGCCAGAAGUCAUCAUCACACAGGACGACGACGAGGCUGCCAAGCCUAUUAAGACUACAGAAGUGGUUGAACCGGUCAAGGCAACUAAGAAGAAGGGCGUUGCUGCGAAGCCCAAGAAGAAGACUAAGAAGCAGUUGGAGGAGGAAGCCAAAGCUGCGCAAGUCGCGGUCUCUGAAGUUGUCGAGCCUGCUGAGGAAGAUACCGUUCUCCCUGACAUCGCCGAAACCGAGCCUGCCGUUCCGGAACCUGAACUGGAAGAAACGCCAGAAGAGGAGCGCGACGGUGUCUACUACGGAGUGUCCGCUGUCGAACCACGACGUACCGUUGAAGAUGAUCUUAGUGUGGUCAUGGAUAUUGAUGGCUGGCAGCACUUGGUCAAGGACGAAGAGGACUUGCUACUGCUCAAGGCUGCCUUAGACAAGGUCGUUCCCGCCAACAUCGGCGAUGCAAACUCUUGGGCUUGGAAGCAGAAGUCGAUCAAACAUCUCAACCGGCCAGGCGAAGAGGGCGUCUCUCGAUCGGAGACCAAGAUCAACGGAUACUACGUCCCGAACAAGACGGGUUCCGCCAGGACCGAAGGCGUGGACAAAAUCAAAGAGGUUGAGAAGUCGAAGUACCUGCCCCACCGCCUCCGUGUCGUGCAGGAACGGGAAGAACGGCAGCGCCAAGCGCAGCAAGAGGAGCGUACAAACAUAGUCGUCGAAGGCUUCAGGUUUUCGACUGGCGGGGCAAAAACAUCUACAACAGUGAAUUCCCGCGCCAACCGUGCGAACAACCGUCGUUUGGUGAACGACAUCAGCAUCUCUAAGAACAUGACCGGUGCGGAAGGCGACGCCCUGCGCUUCAAUCAGCUUAAGAAGCGGAAGAAGCUCGUCAAGUUUGACCGAUCUGCUAUUCACAACUGGGGACUGUAUGCCCAGGAGAACAUCAUCGCCAACGACAUGAUCAUUGAGUAUGUUGGUGAGAAGGUGCGGCAGCGCGUGGCAGAUCUGCGAGAGGCUCGCUACGACCAGCAGGGUGUGGGUUCCAGCUAUUUGUUCCGCAUCGACGAGGACACAGUCAUCGAUGCGACAAAGAUGGGCGGCAUUGCGCGUUUCAUCAACCACAGCUGUACGCCAAACUGCACAGCCAAGAUCAUCCGCGUCGAAGGCACGAAGCGAAUCGUCAUCUAUGCUCUACGAGACAUUGGUCAAGACGAAGAGCUCACCUACGACUACAAGUUCGAACGCGAACUCGAUGCCACGGACCGUAUCCCCUGCCUCUGCGGCUCCAUCGGCUGCAAAGGCUUCCUUAACUAA